UGGUUAAUUGUGCGGUCAAAUGAAAUGUCUGAACGUCGUCAGCAGCAGACACCAUCGCCGUUCCAUCGGUUGUCGACUUCGGAUGCCGAAGAAACGAGUCAACUGACCGCGAAAGUGCUCUUUCGUGAAACCCGUCCAGACGAAGCACCAUUUUUGAAAAAGAGCGUUCCGGUUCGUGACUAUUCUGCAUUCCGAUUUGACCUGAAGGUCUGA